AUGCUUAAUGAAACUAAAAAAAAAGUCAAAUUAAAGUUUUCUAACGAAGAACAUGAGAACGAACUUGAACUGAGAUACCCAAAACAAACUAUUGGCAUGGAUGCACCAAAAUCGGGUUGGCUAAUGAAAGAAGGUGGUGGGUGGAAAAGUUGGAAGAAACGGUUUUUUGUACUUGAUGGCGCCACUUUGACGUAUUACAAAGAUGACACUAAAAAAUUGAUGAUGGGAACAAUCAACUUGGCAUUGGCUACACACAUCGUGUGUGUCGACGAUUACCACAAAAAGUUCAAUAACAUCAUUCGAAUAUGUACUCCAGCAAGGACAUUCCAUUUGAGCGCACCAACUGAGGACGAACGGUUGAUGUGGUUAGCAACACUAAUGUUCCACUCCGAGAUGAGUAGUGUGUACAAACCAGUAGUCACCACUGAGCCAGUCACACAAAAGGAUUUUGAUGUGAAGUGUUUAUUAGGCAAAGGAGCGUACGGGAAAGUGUUUUUGGUAGAGAUGAAAAGUACGCACGAGGUGUAUGCGAUGAAGACUAUCGAGAAGAAACAGAUUAUCGAAUAUGAGGAAAUCGACCACACGAUGUCUGAAAGAAGGAUUUUAUCAAAGUUGCAUCACCCGUUCUUAGUCAAUUUGUAUUACUCUUUCCAGACCCCAACACACUUAUUUUAUAUCAUCGACUAUUGCCCUGGUGGAGAGUUUUACUACUAUCUCCAAAAGAAUCAAAAAGUCAGCGAAUUAGAUGCCAAAUUUUACGCGGCUCAAAUAUUGUUGGCUAUCGAACACCUUCAUUCUUCGAAUAUAGUAUAUCGCGAUAUUAAGCCGGAAAACAUUUUGAUAUGCGCGGACGGGUAUUUGCGAUUAACAGACUUUGGACUUUCAAAAGAGAACGUCACGGACCAGUCGAAGACUUCAACAUUUUGUGGGACGCCAGAGUACUUAGCACCUGAAGUAGUGAUUGGGAAAGAGUAUGCGGAGACUGUGGAUUGGUGGGGAUUCGGCAUUUUAAUCUUCGAAAUGAUUCACGGGCAUGCGCCUUUUGUAUCCGAAGACAUCCAAGAACUCUUCCAAAAGAUCAUUCACGACGAAGUAACGUUUGAAAAUCAAAACUAUCCCUCUCCGCAGUGCAAACAAUGUAUCCGCAAAUUACUUGAAAAGGAUCCUGCGAAAAGACUGACUGAUCCAAAUAACAUUAAGUCAGAGGAGUGGUUCAAAGACUUUGAUUGGGAAGGACUUUAUCAGAAAAAAUUGACUCCGUCAUACAUCCCCGUCUUGAAAGACAAAACUGACACUUCCAAUUUCAACGAAGACAUCAUCGGAGAGUCGACAACACUCGAUGAGACUGAAAAAGUCGACUCGAAAAAUUACUUUAACGACUUCACCUAUUGCAAAUAA